AUGCUGGCGUUAUUACUUUUCGCCGCUCUCGCACAAGCUGCGGCAAUUUCGGAUCAUAGUUUUGAAGCACAAUGUCUGUCAUUUCGACCAGAGGCCAGCGUAUUAAACUCAACUAGAACACAACUCCAGUUUGUUGCUGCUGGUACAAACUUAACCUUCCCAGACAAUGAUCCUACUUGCAACCGCAACAGCCAGGUCGUAGGUACUGACCUAUGCCGUAUUGCACUCUCUAUUCCAACCUCCAGCAGGUCAAGUAUAACUCUUGAGCUAUGGCUUCCGGAAACCUGGACUGGGAGGACUCUGGCAACAGGAAAUGGCGGAAUAGAUGGGUGCAUCAAGUAUGAGGACAUCGCUUACGGGUCGACAAAUGGGUUUGCGACGGUGGGCACGAACAAUGGACACAACGGGACUUACGGCGAUGCAUUCUACCAGAAUGACGACGUGGUGACAGACUUUGCCUGGCGGUCAUUGCACACAUCUGUAGAUGUGAGCAAAAAGCUCACAGCAGAGUUCUACGGCUCAUCUCUGGGCAGGUCGUACUACAUAGGCUGCUCACUAGGUGGGAGGCAGGGAAUCAAAGCAGCAGAGAUGUUCCCCGAAGACUUUGACGGCAUCGUCGCGGGUGCCCCGGCAGUCGACUUCAACAACUUGUACUCGUGGCGAGCGAGUUUCUUCCCUAUUACCGGCGCCAGCUCGGAUAAUGACUUCAUUUCGGCGAGCACCUGGAAUACCACAAUCCAUAAUGAGGUCCUGAACCAAUGUGAUGCGAUUGAUGGUGUGAAGGAUGGCAUCAUCGAAGAUCCAACGGCAUGUCACUUUGAGCCUGGAGCUCUCUUGUGCCAGAGCAACAGUAGCACCAAUUGUCUCAGCUCCACCCAGGUUGAGAUUGUGAAUAAGGUGUACAGUGACUAUUUAUGGCCCAAUGGGACCCUGAUUUUCCCCCGAAUGCAACCAGGAAGUGAGAUACAGGCUGCGACUGGUCUAUAUGCCGGUCGUCGCUGGGCUCUGUCCUAUGACUGGUUUAGGUUCGCGGUCCUCGAGAACCCUGAUUGGGACGCCGCAACAUAUACGACGAAAGACGCAUUUAUCGCAGACGAGAAAAACCCUGGAACCAUACGGACUUGGCCCUCUUCUCUUUCUGCUUUCGAGGAGGCGGGCGGUAAGAUCUUGAGUUUCCAUGGCCUGCAGGACCAACAGAUUACCAGCUUCAAUUCGAAGAGGUUUUACGAGCAUCUAUCUACUGCUAUGGAUUAUACUCCAGCUCAAAUGGACAACUUCUACCGGUACUUCCGCGUACCGGGAAUGUCUCACUGCAACAGUGGGCCGGGGGCCUGGGUGCUUGGUCAGGGGGGCAACGCAGCUUCGAAAGGAAUCCCCUUUGAUGCGGAGCACAAUGUGCUAGCGGCAGUAGUCGAUUGGGUAGAACGCGGAACGGCACCCGACGUUAUGCUGGGCACCAAGUUUGUGAACGACGAUGUUGACCAGGGAGUUGCAUACACCCACCGACACUGUCGAUGGCCAUUGACAAGCACAUAUCAGGGAGGCGACCUUGAUCCUCACCAGGCAGAUAGCUGGCAAUGCCUAUAG